CUGGUCCUGCCUCACUAUCAUCUUGCUUGAGAACCUACGGCAAUAUUAUCCCAUAUUGGAGUGUAGAGAGCCAGGUGAUCCCAACCAGGCACCAAUGCAGCGCCUCAACAACCGGUCGGAGAGUCACCUCAGUGGACAGGUGGAGUGUGAGUUGGACAGCCUGGGGAAGGGUUCCUGGGUGAACCAGGGGUACUGUGGCUCUCCUCCACCCAUACCUCGGGCUAUCAGCACCGUCUACAACCCUCAGCCUCUGUACCCACAAGGCUCCUUCGACAGCAUGUGCAAACUGACAACGCCGAGCCCUUUCCCAACAGAGGUCAAGCCGCAGGAGACAGGUUCCGAUAAUAAAAAACGCGGUGGAUGCUGCUCAUUUUUUAAAGGACUGUGGGGCACGACACUGACUGAGAACACAUCGGACAACCGGGAACUGUUUGUUAGGACCACUCUGAGGGAAUUACUGGUCUAUUUGGUGUUCCUUGUGGACAUAUGUCUAUUGACAUAUGGCAUGACCAGCUCCAAUACCUACUACUACACUAAAGUCAUGACAGACCUGUUUGUGCUUACGCCCAGUGGCAACGGAGUUACGUUUCAGUCCAUUAGCAGCAUGGCAGACUUCUGGACGUAUGCCCAGGGCCCAAUGCUGGACGGCCUCUACUGGACCAAAUGGUACAAUGACCAGUCCCUACAGAAUGGGGACCACUCCUUCAUCUACUAUGAGAACAUGCUGCUCGGGGUACCCAGGAUGAGACAGAUCAAGGUGAUGAACAACUCCUGUAAGGUCCACAAAGACUUCCGCAACGAGAUCUCCGGAUGCUUUGAUGUCUAUAAUGAGAAGAAGGAGGAUGAGGUGGACUUUGGCCUUGUUAACGGAACUGCCUGGCAAUACCACAAUGAGAAAGAGAUAAAGGGUUCGGCCCACUGGGGUCUGCUGACCACGUACAGCGGUGGAGGGUACUACCAGGACCUGAACAGGACCAAGGAGGAGAGUGCUGAGAUCCUGAUGGAGAUGAAUAACAACCUGUGGUUGGACCAUGGCACCAGGGCCGUGUUCAUCGACUUCUCCACUUACAACGCUAACAUCAAUCUGUUCUGUGUCAUCAGGUUAUUGGUUGAAUUUCCGGCCACUGGUGGAGCGAUACCCUCAUAUCAGAUUAGAACGGUGAAGCUGAUUCGUUACAUCACCUACUGGGACUACUUCAUCAUUGGCUGUGAGAUGGUGUUCUGCCUGUUCAUCCUCUACUACAUUGUGGAGGAGAUCCUUGAGCUCCGAAUCCAUGGGUUCUCCUACUUCAGCAGUAUCUGGAACACUCUGGAUGUGGUUGUCAUACUGCUUGCCAUUGUCGCAAUCGUCUUCAAUGUUUUUCGCACCAUUAAAGUGGACAAAUUACUUGGUAAACUCUUAGAACAACCUGGCAUUUAUGCAGACUUUGAAUUUCUUGCAUUCUGGCAAACACAAUACAACAACAUGAAUGCAGUGAACUUGUUCUUCGCUUGGAUCAAGGUUUUCAAGUACAUCAGUUUCAAUAAGACUAUGACUCAGCUGUCUUCUACUCUGGGCCGCUGUGCCAAAGACAUCAUGGGAUUUGCCAUUAUGUUCUUCAUCGUGUUCUUUGCAUACGCUCAGCUUGGCUACUUGCUCUUUGGUACGGAGGUGAAAUCCUUCAGCACCUUCGUCAAGUGCAUCUUUACACAGUUCCGGAUUAUUCUUGGAGAUUUUGAUUAUGAUGCCAUUGAACGUGCCAACAGAGUCCUGGGGCCAAUCUAUUUCGUCACCUAUGUGUUCUUUGUCUUCUUUGUGCUGCUUAACAUGUUUCUGGCUAUCAUCAACGACACAUAUUCUGAGGUCAAGGAAGAGCUGUCAUCCCAGAAGGAUGAGCUUCAGAUUACUGACAUCAUCAAACAGAGCUACAUGAAGACCUUUAUGAAAUUGAAAUUGAAAAAGGAGAAGAUAUCCGAUGUUCAGAAAGUACUACGAUCUGGCUCAAACCAACUAGAAUUCAAAGACUUUAGAGAAACUCUGAAAGAGUUGGGACAUGCCGACCAUGAGAUAUCUGAAGCUUUCUCCAAAUUCGACCAUGAUGGAAACCAAAUUCUAGACCAAGAGGAGCAAGAAAGGAUGAAGAGGGAGCUGGAGGAGAAGAGGGAUGCUCUUAGUGCCGAGCUCAACAACCUUGGAAAAAACUAUGGGAAUGGAUCUCUGGAGAAAUCCACGAUGGAUAUAGAUGAGCAUGGCAAGCCAAGUAACACUCUGGUGGAGCAAGAGGACUUCCAGAGGUUGGUUAGACAGGUUCUCCAACUAGAUCACUCAGUAGCUGCUAUCAUGACCAAGAUGGAUAUAGUCACGGAGAAACUGGAACUGCAGGAGAGCAACAGGACUAAUGGGAAGGAGACAAUGGGAAAACCAAGUGUGGCCAAAAACUAUAACGAAAAAUCAGCUUCGGAUGGGAAUGUUAUGGUAUAUCUGGAAAGAGGGACGAGGGCUGAGAUGGCACCCUGGAGAUCAACCAUUCCUGCAGGAAGUGCCCCCUAUGAUCGUCCUGGGACAGGCUGGACAAUGUCCAACAGCCACAUGUGAAGCAUAUUUAACUGACUUAAAGGCAAUGGUGAAUGUCUUAACAGGUUAUUAACACUUCAAUUCAUGUUCAAAAUUCUGCUAUAUACUGUACAUGUAUUCCAUUUUAGUCAGAGAGAGGGAGGAUAAGUUAAUGUAACAUGGAACUUUAUAUAUUAAUUGUACUGUCCAUACAUUGUGCUGGGCUUUGUGACUGAUGUGUUAAUCUUGUUUGUUGUCGAUGCCAUUUCUAAAAACAAUUUUAUCUUCUGAGUUUGUGUAUAAGACAAAAGUUAAAUGUAUAUGUACAAUAUUCUAUACUAUAUAAGUACUCCCUCCACCUUGCACCUGACUUAAUGUGCAUACUUCCUAAAUAUACAGGAACUUCUAAAUUGAGUAUAAGUGCUUUAAUAUUGACAAGCGUCCCUUUGAACAUGCAACUAAGACUAUUUAUCUUUUGACUACUUUAUAUGUGUUUAAAUCUAGAAUAUUCUUUAAAAUGAGAUAGGUGUGUAUAUAUAUAUAUAUAUAGACCUCCUGUAAAGAUCUAGACUCGCCUCAAUUCAAAGCUGUUGCUCAUUGUAUCUGUUGUACAUAACUACUCAAUGAAGUGUCUCUCAAUGUUUCUGAAUAAAGUCAGAUAGUAAGA